AUGCUCACCCAGAAACACUCAGCUGUAAUCGCUGCCAAAGUCCCUCUGUCUCCCCCUGCUCCUCCCCUGUCCCCCCUGCUACUCCCUCUGUCUCCCUCCUGCUACUCCCUCUGUCUCCCUCCUGCUACUCCCUCUGUACCCCCUGCUACUCCCCCUGUCUCCCCAUGCUGCUCCCCUGUACCCCCCCUACUCCCUCUGUCUCCCCUGCUACUCCCUCUGUCUCCCCUGCUACUCCCUCUGUCUCCCCCUGCUACUCCCUCUGUCUCCCCUGCUACUCCCUCUGUCACCCUCCUGCUACUCCCCUGUCCCCCCACCUGCUACUCACCUGUCCCCCCACCUGCUACUCACCUGUCCCCCCCUGCUGUUCCCCUGUCCCCCAACUCUCCCUGUCCCCCUGCUGCUUCCCUGUCCCCCACUCUCCCUUUCCCCCUCUGCUGCUCCCCUGUCCCCACUGCUGUUCCCCUGUCCCCCAACUCUCCCUGUCCCCCCUGCUACUCCCCUGUCCCCCCUGCUGUUCCCCUGUCCCCCAACUCUCCCUGUCCCCCCUGCUUCUCCCCUGUCCCCCUGCUACUCCCCUGUCCCCCUGCUGUUCCCCUGUCCCCCCCACUCUCCCUGUCCCCCUGCUGUUCCCCUGUCCCCCCCACUCUCCCUGUCCCCCUGCUGUUCCCCUGUCCCCCCACUCUCCCUGUCCCCCCUGCUGUUCCCCUGUCCCCCACUCUCCCUGUCCCCCUGCUGUUCCCCUGUCCCCCUGCUGCUCCCCUGUCCCCACUGCUGCUCCCCUGUCCCCCUGCUACUCCCCCCUGUCUCCCUCCUGCUACUCCCUCUGUCUCCCCCUGCUACCCCCUCUGUACCCCCUGCUACUCCCUCUGUACCCCCUGCUACUCCCUCUGUCUCCCCCUGCUACUUCCCCUGUCCCCCCUGCUACUCCUGCUGUCUCCCCUGCUACUCCUGCUGUCUCCCUCCUGCUACUCCCUCUGUACCCUCCUGCUACUCCUGCUGUCUCCCCCUGCUACUCCCUCUGUCUCCCCUGCUACUCCCUCUGUCUCCCCCUGCUACUCCCUCUGUCUCCCCCAAUCUCCCUGUCCCCCCACUCUCACUAUCGCCCCUGCUGCUCCCCCCACUCUCCCUGUCCCCCCCUGCUGCUCCCUGUCCCCCCUGCUGCCCCCUGUCCCCCUGCUGCUCCCCUGUCCCCACUGCUACUCCCCUGCCCCCUGCUACUCCCCUGUCCCCCACACUCUCCAUGUCCCCCUGCUACUCCCCUGGCCCCCCCAUUCUCCCUGUCCCCUCUGCUGCUCCCCUGUCCCCCCCACUCUUCCUGUCUCCCCCUGCUGCUCGCCUGUCCCCCUGCUUCUCCCCUGUCCCCCUGCUACUCCCCUGUCCCCACUGCUUUUCCCCUGUCCCCCCACCCUCCCUUUCCCCCUCUGCUGCUCCCCUGUCCCCCUUCUGCUCCCCUGUCCCCCCACUCUCCCUUUCCCCUCUGCUGUUCCCCUUUCCCCCUGCUGUUCCCCUUUCCCCCUGCUGUUGCCCUGUCCCCCCUGCUGUUCCCCCCAUUCUCCCUGUCCCCUCUGCUGUUCCCCUGUCCCCCCCACUCCCCCUGCUCCCCCCCCCCACUCUCCCUGUCCCCCUGCUGUUCCCCUGUCCCCCCUGCUGCUCCCCGUCCCCACUGCUGUUCCCCUGACCCCCCCACUCUCCCUGUCCCCCUGCUGCUCCCCUGUCCCCCUGCUGUUCCCCUGUCCCCCCUGCUGUUCCCCUGUCCCCCACUCUCCCUGCCCCCCCUGCUGCUCCCCUGUCCCCCCUGCUGCUCCCCUGUCCGUCCUGCUGUUCCCCUGUCCCUGCUCCCCUGCCCCCCUGCUGCUCCCCUGUCCCCCUGCUGCUCCCCUGUCCGUCCUGCUGUUCCCCUGUCCCCCCCUGCUGUUCCCCUGUCCCCCCUGCUGUUCCCCUGACCCCCCUGCUGUUCCCCUGUUCCCCCUGCUGUUCCCCUGUCCCCCCACUCUCCCUGCCCCCCCCUGCUGCUCCCCUGUCCCCCUGCUGCUCCCCUGUCCGUCCUGCUGUUCCCCUGUCCCCCCCCUGCUGUUCCCCUGUCCCCCUGCUGUUCCCCUGUCCCCCCCCUGCUGUUCCCCUGUCCCCCCCUGCUGUUCCCCUGUCCCCCCCUGCUGUUCCCCUGUCCCCCCUGCUGUUCCCCUGACCCCCCUGCAGUUCCCCUGUUCCCCUGCUGUUCCCUGUCCCCCCUGCUGUUCCCCUGUUUAG